UCCCAGCCCACGGUUACCCUGACCCCACUCCCUUUUCCCAGAACUCAGUCGCCUGUAGCCCCAGCCUGUGGUUCUCUCCUAGGCCUCAGCCUUUCCUGCCUUCGACUGAAACAGCAGCAUCUUCUAAGCCCUGGGGGCUUCCCCGGGCCCCAGCCCCGACCUAGAACCCGCCCGCUGCCUGCCACUGCCGCUUCCUCUAUAAAGGGACCCAAGCGUCCGGGCCCAGGGGCCCCGCACAGCAGGUUCUCCCCAUGACACCACCUGAAUGUCUCUACCUCCUCAGGGUGCGUGGCACCCCCCUCCACCUCCUACUUCUGGGACUGCUGCUGGCCCUGCUGCCUGGGGCCCAGGGACUCCCUGGUAUUGGCCUCACACCUUCAGCUGCCCAGACUGCCCGUCAGCAUCCCCAGAAGCAUUUCGCCCGCAGCACCCUCAAACCUGCUGCCCACCUCAUUGGAGACCCUAGCAAGCAGGACUCACUGCACUGGAGAGCAAACAUGGAUCGUGCCUUUCUCCAACAUGGCUUCUCUUUGAGCAACAAUUCCCUCCUGGUCCCCACCAGUGGCAUCUACUUCGUCUACUCCCAGGUGGUCUUCUCUGGGAAAGCCUGCUCCCCAGAGGCCACCCCCAUCCCUGUCUACCUGGCCCAUGAGGUCCAGCUCUUCUCCUCCCAGUACCCCUUUCAUGUGCCUCUCCUCAGUGCCCAGAAGACUGUGUGCCCAGGGCCACAGGGACCCUGGCUGCACUCAAUGUACCAUGGGGCUGCAUUCCUGCUCACCCAAGGAGACCAGCUAUCCACUCACACAGAUGGCAUCUCCCAUCUACUCCUCAGCCCCAGUAGUGUCUUCUUUGGAGCCUUCGCUCUGUAGAACUUGGAAAAAUCCAGAAAGAAAAAAUAAUUUGUUUCAAGGCCUUGUCUCCAUUUUGCCUCCAUUCUGACUGUUUCAGGGGUCACCACCACCUCUCCUUUGACCAUUCCAACAGUCUCAAGUCUUCCCUACUCAAGUCUCCUGGAGUUUUCAAAGAGGAAAAUCUAAACACCUCAGGGGACCAUACCUCCCUGAACCAUGCCGGAUGUUUGGCUGAGGAUUUCAAGCCUGCCUAGAAAUUCCCAGCCCACGACUGUUUUUUCUGCCAGCUAGAUGGGACCUAGACCUGGACAUAGGAGGAGAAGCAGGCAAAUGGGGGGACUUGAGAGGAUGACUGGAGGCAGGGAGGUAGACUAUUUAUGAAAGGAAAUAAUUAAAUUAUUUAUUUAUGGAGGGUGGAGAGAGAGGAGAAACAGAAAGACAUCCAAGGGGAGAAACAGGUCCAGGAGAUGAGGAGUGAGAGGGCAUCGGUUCAAGGCUGACAGAAAGAGAGAGAGAGAGAGAGAGAGAGGUGCGUAUGAGGGACCAAGAGGCUCUGGAAGGCAAUGAAAGUCUCUGAAAGUCAGUCACCCGACACCCCAUACGGAGACAUCUGCACCCUCAAUGAAGACCAAUAAACCUCUUUUCUCUGAAA